UAGAGGGGCCGGGGAGGGGAAAAAAAUAAGGAGAUUGGUAGAUUGAGUGGCUAGAGAAGUCGGAGGUAAGUGGCUGUAGAAAUCGGGCGUACCCGGAAUACUGCGGAAUCGGGACCAUGACUUAUGCUUAUCUCUUCAAGUACAUCAUCAUCGGGGACACAGGUGUGGGGAAGUCAUGUCUCCUCCUGCAGUUUACAGACAAGCGGUUCCAGCCUGUCCACGACCUCACAAUAGGUGUGGAGUUUGGGGCCCGCAUGGUCAACAUUGAUGGAAAACAAAUCAAACUGCAAAUCUGGGAUACGGCUGGGCAAGAAUCCUUCCGUUCUAUCACCCGUUCCUACUACAGGGGAGCAGCUGGAGCACUGCUGGUGUAUGACAUUACAAGGCGUGAAACCUUCAACCACCUGACCUCAUGGUUAGAGGAUGCCCGCCAGCACUCUAGCUCCAAUAUGGUUAUCAUGCUGAUUGGGAAUAAAAGUGACCUAGAGUCCCGCAGGGAUGUGAAGAGAGAGGAAGGAGAGGCCUUUGCUCGGGAGCAUGGACUUAUAUUCAUGGAAACUUCAGCCAAAACAGCCUGCAAUGUUGAAGAGGCCUUCAUUAACACAGCCAAAGAAAUAUAUAGGAAGAUCCAGCAGGGUUUAUUUGAUGUCCACAAUGAGGCAAAUGGCAUCAAGAUUGGGCCCCAACAGUCAAUUUCAACAUCACUGGGACCCAGCGCUUCCCAGCAGAACUGUCGUGACAUAGGGUCGGACUCUGGCUGCUGCUGAACAUCUGACCUGAACUCUUUGGGUUUUUUUUCCUUUUCUUCCUGGAACAGCUUCAGAUCAAUAGGCUUAAAGCAAGAGGUCUUACUUGCUUUGGCUGAGAGCAGCCUCUUUUCAAGGUGUGAUAUUUUGCUUUUCCACUUAAAGAACAGGGGAGAAUUUGGCCCUUACUGACCUGUCCUUCUUUAGGGACAUGAACAUUCCCUAUAGAUUGGGGCUCUUUUCAUCCUUGUUGUAAUGUGUAAAAUGUUAGGAUCAAAGUUGAUUGUCAUUGUAGUUCAAAAAUAAAACCAUUUUAUAAGCAUAUAUAAUAUGCUUCCCACCAAGAAUUAGUAGCAAGGGCCAAAUAUAUUCUGCUUGAACACUUGAGAUGACCAGGAUCUAGCUGGCUUUAGGAUAUUAGAUCUGCUACAUAGGAAUUUCAUUGUUUUUUAACUUCUUUGCUUGGGGGGUUCACUUGCCACUUUGAACAAGUCCUUGCAGAAGGCAGUUCCUUGUACUUCUCAAAGGAAGCUGAGUGCUUCUCUACUAUUCCAUUGCUGGUUUCUGUCUCUUACCAAACUUGAGAGAAGUGGAUUUGGUCCUGGACCCGUGGCCACUUAUCCUUACCUAAAGAAAACAUUCAUUCUCUAUUCAUUUUGUUUAUGGACCAGAUCUAACAUUGCAGGGUCUUUCACUGAAUGGACCUCUACUGUUUCAUCACACUCACUUCUUAACUAGAUGUAUUUGGACUCUAUAAUCAAGCUUAUUUGCUUACUGAACAUGGUAUAUUUAUUCCUAUUUCUGUACCUUUGCACAUGCCCUACUUUCUACUAACACUAUACUUUAAACAAGUCCAACAUUUUUUCCUUUAGGAAGCCUUCAGUGACUCUCCUAGGGACUUCUUAGCAAUUAUUGACAUAGUACCCCUUAGCCUUCUUAUGUUGGAUAUUCAUAUGUAUAUUUAUAUGUAUGUAUGUUAUUUUGUAAAUAUAUUUUAUAGUAGUUUUAUGUGUAGAAUUUGUCUCCUCAUGUAGGUUGUAAGCUCUGUAGAGCAGGAUCCAUGUCACUCCUUUACUUUUAUAAACCACUUCCCUCACCACUUCUUCACAGGUGCCUAGUGCUACUCAUGAUGUGAUUGUAGAAUUUGACUGACAUACUUAAAAACUUAAGGCUUAUUUUAGACUUUAGAGGAAACAAAAGGCCUUAGAGUCAUCUCUCUGUAAUUCCUACUCUCUUCCAUCUAUUUACCCUGGGUUAUAUAUUCUUUUCCUUUCCUGACUUUCUCUGGCUCAUAGCCUCCAUUCUGUGCAGCAUUCAGUGAGGCUGCUUGCUACCAAGCAUUCAGAUAACUGGUUGCUUCUCCAGCCCUUCUCCUUUUCAGAUCAUAUAAUACUAUCCUAGUGAUAUUUGCCUUUGCUUUUGCUCAUCAUAUUUCCUUCUGGUUCAGUUGCUUUUUUCCUUGAUAUCUCACCUUCUUCCACAGCACUGAGGUCUCAUGAAUUUUUAUAAUUUUUUGUUGUUAAUGAAUUGUUUCAUUAUUAAAUAUAUGCAUGUAUCCAA